AUGACAACAAAGUUCAGCAGCUCAACCUCCCCUCUCCCCGCGCCGGCAAAGUCCUCCACGUCCCAAGCCAGCAAAGCAAGCCACGAUCCCAUCGCGCAGGGCAGCAACGAGCUCCCCUCAUUCAACCCGAGCCAAAUCACACUCUCCACAUUCCAACACCUCCUCUCCCGCUACCCCCAAACCGUGGAGCAAGUCCACCGGCGCAAAGCAACUCUAAAGCUACAACCCAAAUCGAAAGGCACGAAGCGCAAGACAAAAGACACAAACCCAGUCCAAAAUACCGAAAUCGACCCCUCACAAGAAGAGCAUAUCCGCAAUGAAACAGAAAAGUUCAUCGAGUUGGAUACUUGGCGAUACGAGGACAUGCCCGCGACAAUCUCAAAGCGGAAAGUUGCUUCUGGCAAGGAUGGAGAGAAGGAGGAGGUAUUCCUAAACAAGGAAGAGCUUGUCCGCAUCAUGGAGUGGAAACUAAAACACGGCCACUUCCGCCCAACUCUGAUGGGCAUGAUAAAAUCAAACCCGGAACCCCUCGUUCUAAAGUGCACUUCCUCGGCCAUUUCCCUCCUCCCGUCUGCUACACCGGACUUUCCAAAAGCCAGCCUGGAUGCCCUUGCGCCCCUCCGCGGCGUGGGUAUAGCGACUGCGUCGGUGGUUCUCUCUAUCGCUACGGCGCGGGAUGAAUACGAAGUGCCGUUCUACAGUGACGAUACGUUCUUCUGGCUCUGUGCUGAAGAGUAUCCUGGGAGUGAGACGGGGUCGAAGUAUAAGAAGCCGAAUGGGGAUUUGAAUGUCAAGUAUAAUGCUAAUGAGUAUCGGUUGUUGUGGGAUAAGGCGCGGGAGUUGCAGAGGAGGUUGAAUGGGGACAUUGGGGAGAGUAGUAAGGACGGUGAAGGACGUGUGAGACUGGUUGAUGUUGAGAGGGUUGCUUUUGUGUUGAGGAAUUAUGAUAUCGAGGAGGUUGAUGGUGGUGGGGAGGAGGGGAUGAAGAGGGAUGAGAAGGGAAAUAAGAAGAUGAAG